AUGACCAAUGAGGAACCUCUUCCUAAAAAGCUUCGACUGAGUGAAACAGACUUCAAAGUUAUGGCACAAGAUGAAUUAAUUCUCAGGUGGAAACAAUAUGAAGCAUAUGUGCAAGCUUUGGAGGGCAAGUACACAGAUCUUAACUGUAAUGAUGUAACGGGCUUAAGGGAAUCUGAAGAAAAACUAAAGCAACAACAGCAAGAGUCUGCACGCAGGGAAAACAUUCUUAUAAUGCGACUAGCAACCAAGGAGCAAGAGAUGCAAGAGUGUAUUACUCAAAUCCAGUACCUCAAACAAGUCCAGCAGUCUAGUGUUGCCCAACUGAGUUCAACAAUGGUAGACCCAGCGAUCAACUUGUUUUUCCUGAAAAUGAAAGGUGAACUGGAACAGACUAAAGACAAACUGGAACAAUCCCAAAAUGAACUGAGUGCCUGGAAGUUUACGCCUGAUAGAGGCCUGAUGGCGUCAGGCUACUCCAAAGAAGUGGCCACCUCCGAAAAAUUCCCCUUCUAG